AUGCUCCCUGCACCAUACAAACAGGCGAACAUCUCACAUACAGUAGUGGGGAGCUGAGCUUGAGAGGAGUGCACAGAAAGGACACAACACCACGACAGAAGCUUUGAAAACUCUGCUGCAGACCGAAGAGUGACAUGGCCGACCUUGUGUCAGGAUUACUUCUUUGUCUCAUGGCGGUGCAGACCAUUCAGCAUGAUGUAAACAAAACCAAAACCAACACUUCAACUGCUGUGAUACCAAAAACCUUCAAAGGGUGGAUGUCCAAACACAAUCACACAAACAAGCUGCAGGCUCAUCUCCAUCCCAGUGCGGACCCUUGGCUCUAUGUGAACCCAGAAGACCCAGUGACAGCUUACACCACAGGGAUUCUCAGCACCUGGGUCAUACCUUCAGCAUACAUCCUGGCCAUGCUGGUGGGCAUCCCCUCCAACGCGUACAUUCUGGGAUUCCUCAGAGUCAGACUCCGAGCCAAGUCCAUGUCCACAGUGAUUCUGUAUCUGAACCUGGCCUUGUCCGACCUGCUGCUCCUGCUUUCCUUGGCACUGCGUGUUCACUACCACUUCAACGGAAACAACUGGAUAUUUGGGGAAAUGUCCUGCCGGCUUAUGACGGCCCUGUUUUACGGCAACGUUUACUGUUCGGCUCAAACGAUAGCGUGCAUCAGCCUGAAGCGCUACCUGGCUGUGGUCAGACCGUUUUUGUACCGCAGGCUGACAAAGACUAUGCUGACGCUGGGGACCUGCUUGGUUGUAUGGUUCCUGUUUGGUGCUGCUGUGUUUCCAGAGCUUCUUGUGAAGCAGAGCUAUCAGGUUCCCCUGCUGGGAAUCACUACCUGCCAUGAUGUACUUCCACUGGAAGAAAAAUCAUAUUCCCUGUUGAUGCUGCACAGGCUGAUACUGGUUUGCCUGGGCUUUAUAGUGCCCUUCCUGAUUUGUAUUUAUGCUCAUGUGGUGGUGGUCCACCACCUGGGUCAGUCUGGCUGUGACUGGAGAGCCUUUAUCAGGGUCACCACUCUGGUCUUUAUCAUCUUUGUGGUGUGUUUCUUGCCCAGCGGAAUCCUGCACAUCGCCCACUACAUCCGUGUGUUCUCCAGCGGGGACGACGGACUGUAUGGAUACUACAGGGUGGCAGUUUGUCUCUGCUGCUUCCACAGCUGUCUGGAUCCCUUCCUGUGUUUGCUCAUUUCCAAGACACCCCCCUCAGAACUACAGUUCAUUUCCUUCCCUGAAAUAUCUCAUAGACCAGCGCGUACGACAUGAGACUGGAUGUGUGCACACAGAAAAAAAACAACACAUCCUUGGACCAUUGUUUGGACACAACAGGGAACCUCAAGUAAAGAAAGGAUGUUAAAGUUCAGGCUGGACACUGAUUUCAACAGCUGAAUGCCACAGUGCAUGUCAGAGCUACAACAAAUAUAAACAUAAUGACACAAAGAGGUCUUUGAAAAUGAAAAGUGACUUAUAUUCUGUAGAUAUUGUUUGUAUGACAGCACAAGGUCUGGAGUAAGCUACAGAUGUUGUCAGAUGUGCUCAAGGACUUUUCAAAUGUUUGCCAAAAGGGAAGCCUGAACCUGCAAUGAUAAACAUUAUCAUGUAUGUAUAUAAUGUCCUAGCUGGACAUAUUUUGCAUUUCUAGACGUCAAUUUGAAAUGAAAAUAGACAAACAAUCAUAGUAACAUGAGGGAUAAAUACCUACUGUUUGUCUAAUAAAACUACUAAGGAUUAAGGUAUAGUGGGUGGUUACAAUGUGUUUAUUCAGCCAUAAAAAAAAUUCGUUCUGUGAAUGUGGGAGGGACAUAUUUUUCAACAGAAAUAAAAUGGAAACAAAACGUGUGUUGAA